UCGACAAGGGAAAAGGGGAAGAACACUCAUCUCCCCAAACACCAUCUAGCUCAAAUCCCCCAACCGCAGAUAUACCAUCAAGUAACCGGUACUUUGUAAAUUACACCAGUACUGGUUACUACAGACCACUUCCUGCGUGGCCAAUGCCUUUUCCGCCAUAUCCAGAUGGCGGCCAAUAUCCAACAAACAUUCAAGUGAAUGCUGGUUACCCGACUCCUCUCAUGACUACAAGCUCCGCUACGAGUGAAAGAGUUGAUAUAGAGGAACCACCUCAAUGUAGAGAAACUGAUAUUCCAUGUACCUCUGGAAUAGUUGAAGAAAGCAAAGAAGAUAGACCAAAUUCACAAGAAACUGAGGAUGACAUUGUCGAGACAGAGCAGUUAGAGGAUGAAGUUGGUGGCGAUACGAUUGAAGAGCCAAAGUCGGGUAUGGAUUUUAAUUCUUUUGAAGAAUUAAUGGAUUAUUAUAAAUAGUAUGGUAAGAAAUCAGGGUUUGGGGUAAUGAUAAGAAGAACUGAUAAGGGGGAUGAUGAGACUGUCCGAUAUGUGACUCUUGGUUGUGCCCGUGGUGGGAAGGCCCGGAAUAG